UCCUCUACAAUCUGCUCUUGCCUGCUGUCACUGGCCAUAUCCAUCAUGCCCAGGGGACAAAAGAGCAAAGCCCGGGCUCGUGAGAAACGCCGCCAGACCAAAACAGAGUCCCAAGUGCCUGAGGAUACUCAGACCACAGCAGCAGAAAAAAGAGAGUCAUCCUCUUCCUCUGCCCAUACCUCUGGAGUUGCUGUGGCAAGUACCACUUCUGAUAUCUUCUCCAAGUUAUUUCAAGGAAUGCCUCACGCCACUACUUUCAGUAUCUGCAUUGCUUGCAAAAGGUCUGAUAAAAGUGACAAGAGCCAACGGAAGAAAAAUGUGAGCUCCUCUAGAGCCCAGCACUCCAGUAAGAGCCCACAGAAAGAUCUUCUAACAAGAAAGACAGGGAUGCUGAUGGAAUACAUGCUCACCAAAUACAAACAGAAAGAGCCCCUGUUGAGAGAAGAAAUGCUGAAUGUUGUGAACAAAAGCUUCAAGGAGCAGUUCCCUGAGAUCCUCAAGAAAGCUUCCAGCCGCAUGGAUCUGGUUUUUGGACUAGAGUUGAAAGAAGUCCAGCCACAUGGUCAGUCCUACGAGCUUGUCAGCAAGCUAGAUUUCCAGGAUGAUGGAAGUAGGAGCAGUGAGAUGGGUCUUCCCAACAGGGGCAUUCUGGUCCCCCUCCUAAGUGUGAUCUACUUAAAUGGCUACUGUGCUCCAGAGGAGGAGGUCUGGCACUUCCUGAAUAUGUUAGGAGUCCAUGAUGGGGUCCCACAUCUCAUCUUUGGAGAUAUCAGAAAGCUCAUUACUGAAGAUCUAGUGCAGGAAAAGUACCUGGAAUACUGUCAGGUUCCAGACAGUGAUCCACCAUCCUAUCAGUUUCUGUGGGGUCCAAAAGCCUAUGCAGAAACCAGCCAGGUAAAGGUGAUGGAGUUUUUGGCAAACAUCAAUGAAACUGGCUCUUCUACCUACCCAUCUAAUUAUGAAGAAGUUUUGAGGGAAGAAGAUAGAGCCCAGGCUGAAGGGGCAGCUGAGAGAAGCACUACAUGUAAGAUUAAAAGACCUUCUAAAACCAAGACCAGCCUUCCUACAUGCUAG